AUGUCCUCUAUCCAUGGCCGAAACGGACCUGUGGCCCACUACUGCAAUAUAUGGGCCCUUGCGAUGUGUUUGUCGUCGCUCCUCAUUCAGCAAACCUACUCCCAGCAGCUGGUUGGCUGCGACGUCCUCGACUGCGAUGGCGGGGCCAACAAUGAAUGUACGCUCGGCAACACGACAAGUUCAUUCAUCGGCACCGCCUCUUUCAACACCAGUCUGUCACCGAACAAUGCCCCGCUCACCUGGACAGUCGGGGCCUCGUCGUCGACCUCGGGCGAUGUCACAUUCACGAAGCGCUUCUACCUUGGCUCUCCUCCGUCGAUGAACCUCGCAAACCCGACCGGAUUUGCAGGCUGUGCAUUGUUCUUCGAAGGGAUCGCAAGGAGUCUGCCACUCAAUGGUGUCACGGAAUAUGGACCGGUCACAUGCGGCCAGACACUGCAGGAUGCUUGUGUCAAUGAUCUUCUGUCUCAAGCCCAGAAGCAGGUGCAGACACUUGGGUCGACAAACAAUCUCGACAAUAGCGCUGUAUGCACUGCUUUACAGACCACCAUGGAGGCCAACCCUCCGCAAUCGUGUCAAACAAUAGCGACAGUCACAUGGGGAACUAUCGUCCCCAAAGAAAUCACCGGUCCUCAAUCCCCGGUUGACGCUCCAAUCGCCCAAACAACCUGCCACCCAUCGUCCAACGUUUCGAGUGGCACAAAGUACAAUAUCGCCCUCAUCGAGACCCAGACCGUCACUUCGGAAGAUGUCUCAAGUGAUCUCGCGCCAUUCUUCUACAGCAUAACGCCAGUGCUGACCGUCUUCUACAGCCCGGCGGCUGCUUCUUCAAACGCUCAGGAUAAGACCUUGCCUGAAGCUCAUCUGACGUGCGUGAAGGUGGUCCAGGACUCGAAUUUGACGCAGCAGGUGGGCACCAACGGGGCAGGGAUGGUGGGCUUACCAAGGUCUAUGAUGGCAUUGGCCUUAGCCCUGAGCAUCCUCGCAUUGGUCUAA